AUGAAAGUAGAAAUCAAAAUACUAAAUAAUGAUGAUUAUAUAUUCAAUAUAGGAAUUGUAAAUGCUCAUCAUAAUCUAAAUGAUUAUGAUGGUUGUUUUCUACUUACAUAAACAGGAACUCUUCUUUAAGAGAGAGAGUCGUAAUAAUCUAAACUCAAAGUCAUUAAUGGUUCAAUAAUUAAGGUCAGGUAUGCCAAAAAACAUCCAAAAAAGAUAUUCUUUUAGGUUGAUAACAAUUUAAAUGUAAGUCAUUAUCUCAAAUAUUUAGGAUAAAAUGUAGCUAAACCAAGAGCUUAUUCAAUUUUACUUUAUAGUUAUUUUUAAAAAUGUUUAGGUUGAAUUAUUGUGA